AUGGAAUUUGCGCUGAGCAUUCCUUUGCGUGCCGAGGACUGGACCCGGGGCCUUGCACCUGCUAGUCAUAAAAAGAAAAAUCUGGAAGGACUGAAGCAAGCCGAAGUAACCAUCGCAGCUUCCUGUGAGAAACACGAGCUCUGCCCCCACAUCACCUCAGAGCCUCCCAGUCUGCUCAGGGUUCCACCGAGCCUCAAACUCUCCAAAAUACAUUUGCAAAAGUGCCUGUUUGAAGAGUACAAGCGCGUUGCUCCUGAAACGCUAGGCGAGCUGGAGAAGAUGCUGCAGACCUAUGCGGAGCGCAGUGUCCCGCUGCCCGUGGGCCUCAUCAACCUGGUGAACGACAGCUGGCCAGACCUCGCGGCGGGCACCCCAGAGCACGGUGCACACUGCAAGCAAGGGUGGCCCGCGGCCCGCGGGGACCUCAAGCAAUGCAAAGCCAGCAGCGACUCCAGGGAAGACAGUCAUAAGGCAGGUCAGCUGGCUACGGCAAAACAAGAGGCCCGCAUUUCAGCAAGUAAAUCCGUGAAAAAAUUACCUCUCGCCAGCCACGACCAUGAUGCCCAUCUGGAGAACAGCUCCCUGGAUGUCAUCCACUUCUUGACGUCGUCCCAGAUCUGUCUAGAAAACGGUUGGCUCUUUCAGCGCCCCUACUCCAGAUCGGAAAUUCUGAAGUGGAACAGCGUGCUGGGCGCCGCCGUGGAGCGACUGCAGGAAGCCCUGGCGCGCAUAAAAACAGAAAAAGCUCAGCUAAAGAGAGAGGGGCUCAACAGAGGCCCGAUCCUCUGCUACUACGGCGAGCCCGAAGGCGAGGAGGAGAGGCCCAGUCCGCAGGCCACCCGGAGUCUCUGGCUGGAGCUGUUGGAGCGGAGGCCUCAGCUGCUGACCACUCUGGAGGCUGAGGCCAAAGCUGAGGCCAAGGCGGGGCCGCUGCGGAGGAAAUUCCACUGCGCCCUGGCUGACGGCUCCUCCGUGACCUACUACCCUUCCGGCCGCCUUGCUGUGUGUCAGAGCCCAUGGGACCCGCCUUGGGGCGGUGCGUACACCAACAUAUUCAGCGACCUGCCCAGCCAGCCUGUCCUGGGGACCUUCACGCCCUUCGGCUGUGGCAGCGUUUCUUCUCAAAGGCAGAUCUUCUCGAUGAUGUUUAACCCAGACGGAGGCCUGGUGAUGAGCAGGAGCGGACGCGUCCUCAGGGAGUGGAUGUGGCCCGAGAAGGGGAAACUCAAGGACCCCAUCGAAGUUGGGGUGAACAGCUUCAUCACGGUGAAGAUUUCGGGGCGCUUUGCCAUCACCUUGGUCUACAGAUGCGAUCCCCAAAGCCUGAAGCUGGCACUGGCACCCCAAAAAUGCAAGCCUGGGGCUCUGGGUCUGCCUGGCGCGCCACUCCCUGCGGUCAACCUGGCUGCCGCUGCCGAGGGAGCCAGGGACUCGCUUGGAGACUGCCAGACACGCUGGCGGCUGGGACUCACCGCUCAGAACACAGUGCCCGCAGGUGCGGCGGAGCCGGGGGACGCGGACGGCAGCCCGCUGCGCGACGCGGGGACCACGGAGAAGCUCCGCGCGCUGCAGAGCAGGGCCAGGCGCCUGCUGCUCGGCUGGCAGAACCGCUACCGCCGCGCGCUGGGAACGGACGCGCUGCCGCUGCCCCCCAGGCCGGUCAGGAAGCAGCGGGCGCCUUGGAACCAGGACGCCUGGGUGGGACGCGGGGCACUGGAGACCGAGCCACUCUGCGACUCCUCUGGCGCACCGAGGCCGCGCCGCCUUCCGAGGACCAGGACCAGGACCAGGAUGCUGGCCAUGGCUGUGCCGCGCUGCCCCCGGCCUCUUCCCCUGGAAAGCAGGGCUGUGUUAUUCGUGUCCCAGCUGCUCUGUCCCGUGGUCCUGAGGAGGACGCUGCAGGGGCAGCAAGGGGACAUCUGCAGGUGCAGCGCCCACCACAUUCCGGAGGUGACGGACCUGGAGUACGACCGCCUCAUCCUGGAGCAGCUGUGCUCCUCAGAGCAGACCGUCGUCGUUUAUGUGUCCUCCGCCACGGACAAGGAACGGACCGUGAGAGAACUGGCCCAGGUGUACCGGGAGCUGAACAGGGCUCGAACCAUGCCGUGCAUCCAGAGCCAUUUGGAUGCCUUCCGAUUGCUCAGAUACAACCUCACAUCCACAUCUAAACUGACGGGCAGCGACUGUCCGCUUCUGGUUCGGAGGCACAACAUUGUCCCUGGGAUUUUCCUGAUGUACAUUCGGGGAAAAUUACUAUUUGCCAACUUUAUUUUCAAUGGCUACAGUACAUCUGCCAGAGACCUUCAAAAGCAGAUUGUGAAGACCAGAAACGAUUACCUCAUGGGGUACUUCCUCCCCAGCGACUUCAGAAUCCGGGCUUGAUCUACUUUGGGUCUUGGAAAUGAAGAUCCUUUUGUCUUAAGAAAAAAAAAGCCAAAUACAUUUGGCAGCAUGUACUUUCCAAUCCAAAUAGAAAAUACUAUAGAAACGCUCACUUGAAUGGGCUGGUUUUAAUCACAGCCAACAGAUGAUGGAGAGAACUAACCUCAGAGAAAGUAUGAAACGAAAUGGACCCCUUGCACAACAACAACUCUUAUAUUUUGAGAACAAGUACCGAGUCCAGGGACUUCACGGAUUAAAGAGAACAACUUAACAGGCAGUGACUAACAGACGUCAUGAAAGUCUAUUCACUCGUGCACAGCGCACUCCUGGUCUCACUGGGUCUGUUUACUCUUAGUUUACACGCAGUUCUAACUAGCUUUGUCACCUGCUGUUCGAAACCAAAGCAGAUCAGAAGGUGCAUUAAGACAGUGCAGACGGUGGCCCACGUCUCUAAUCCCAGCACUCCGGAGGCUGAAGCAGGAGAACUGCUGUAAGUUUAAGGUCAGCCUGAACGGCAUAG